AUGCAGGCCGCAAACCGCUUUCAGAACGCCCUCAGGAAGGGUGGCGCCAGCUUUGGUGCAUGGCAGAUGCUGCCGGGCUCCAACCACUCCCGCGCCAUUGCCAGCGCCAACAUGGACUGGAUCUGCGUCGACACGGAGCAUGGAAACAUCGACGAUGGCCAAAUGCAUGAAUGUGUGGCAGCAAUUGCCGCUUGUGGCGUGAGCCCUCUUGUCCGCAUCCCGGCCAAUGAGGGAUGGAUGGUCAAGCGUGCCCUUGAUGCCGGUGCUCAUGGCAUCAUUGUCCCCCUUCUGUACACGGCAGACGAUGCCCGCAAGCUCGUGACAUCAGCCAAGUUCCCUCCUCAGGGCACGCGCGGCUUCGGCUCUCCGUUCCCCAUGGCCAAGUUCUCCAACCAGAGCACCGCCGAGUACCUGCUGCAGGCGAACGACGCCCUGGUCACCAUCGCCCAGAUCGAGACCAAAGAGGCCCUGGAAAACGUCAACGAGAUCGCGUCCGUCCCAGGCAUCGACGUCCUGCUCAUCGGCCCCUUCGACCUCGGCAACAACAUCGGCCACCCCAUUCUCGAUGGCACCAUGCAUGACAACCUCAAGGCUGCCAUCGAGCGCAUCCACAAGGCCGCGGGCGACAGCGGCAAGCGCACGGGUAUCUACUGCACCUCGGGCGAGCAGGGCUACGAGUACUCGCAAAAGGGCUUCCACAUGAUCUCCGUUGCCGCCGACAUGAUGGCCAUCCCGAAUUACUUCAACAGCGUCCUGAGCACCGCGAGGGGGGAGGGGGUGACGGCGUCCAAGGCGACUGGUCCUUAUGGGAGGUAG